UGAAACUCCCAUUUUCCCGCCACAGAAAGUGAAGGAAAGUGAUAGAGAGUUUACAAAGAACACCAAGAAACCCAAAAAUAAACCAAGAAAAUGGCAGGAGAGAGAGCAGUGGCAGUGCAACCAGCAGUAGCACCACCAAUAUCAACAACAACUCCAACUCAAACUAUGGAGAAUCAGAAGAAGAACAGAAUCCAAGUUUCUAACACCAAGAAACCACUCUUCUUUUAUGUUAAUCUUGCCAAGAGGUACAUUCAACAGCAUAAUGAGGUUGAACUUUCUGCUUUAGGCAUGGCAAUUACUACAGUUGUCACUAUUGCUGAGAUUCUUAAGAACAAUGGACUGGCCACUGAGAAGAAAGUCUUGACAUCUACUGUGGCCAUGAAAGAUGAGAACAAAGGGCGAUUCAUUCAGAAGGCCAAGAUUGAAAUUGUGUUGGAGAAAUCUGAAAAGUUUGAUUCGGUGAUGAACACUGCUACUCCAGCUGCAGCCCGGGCUCCGGCUCCAGCUCCAGCUCCAGAAGUGGCUGCCAAAGACAAGGAAUGACAUGAAAAAUUAGAGAAAUGCUGAUGUCCACUUGUUGUAGUUCUACCCACAUUCUUUCUUAUGGUCUGAAAAAGUAGAUAAAUAGGAGGUCAAUAGGUAACGUGUCUUUAAAAUUCUGCUUUAUGGAGUAUCUGAUGGAGUAAAGAGAGUACUUUAAUAUGUCAUGGCACAAUGGGGCAGUGGCAAUUUCUGUGCUUCUCUCUGCUUUUAUUUUUAACAGGGUUGUGAUUCCCCUUAUCAUAUUGGUUAUCUUUGAACUUUAAGACGAUUGAAUGGCUAACUAGCUAGAAAUACGUUUUAGUGGUUAGCCUGUUUGAUUUGUGAGAGGUUGUUCUUUUAGCAAGGUACU